CUUUGGGUCCAGGCCCAAAACGUCAGCCUUCCUGUUCCUAUGAUGUUGCUUGGCCUGUUGUGUUCAUCCAGCUCUGCACCUUGUUGUCUCACUCUGCAAUAUGUUUGUUUCUUGUUGGAAGACAGAGCAGGCUCUGCUAAAGUUUAGAUGUUGCAAUGGGUAAAUAUUUAAUCAGUACAAAGGGAGAUUUGGACUACAGUGGUAAUGUCCUGUGGGCGAGAAAGUGUAUGUUCAAGUCCCAGCUUCUGCGGAGAUAUGUCAUAAUAUGUCCGCACGGAUUGCUUAAAAAUGUUUUUUUUUUAAGAUCAGAAAGGCCGAGGGAUUUGUUUUGUGUGGCAGUUUGUUCUUUAACUGGUUACGUGUUGUCUGGCACAAAAUCGUAUUUGACCUUUGUUUGUUGGCAACGUUUCAUUCGAAACCGCUGACGUGUUGUUAAACUUAGUGAUGUACAGAUAAUACUAAAUAACUGAAUUCCCGGAAAGUGAAACUACAUUGAGACAAAAGGCAAGAUAAUUUCGUCAAUUUGGAAUUGGUUUAACCCAUUCAUCUCUAACUGUCUCGCCCAAUAACAGCAUCGGAAAUUCAAGCAGCUACAAUUUUCCAACUCGUUGUCAGAAGUAAAAGAAGCUUUUUGUUGGGCUUCUUAUUUUUGCGGAAGCUGUAAAAGCAAAAUCGCCCCAGUAACAAGUGAUCCUUCAUUGUAUUUGAUUGUCAUUGGUCAGAUUGCUACCCGUACGCAAUGACUUUGAAAAGCUUUUAUUAAAUGUGUUGAGUUUCUAUAUUUACUCACAAGAGUUGGUGCAACUCCGAGACUGCAGGAACCAGUGAAUGUGCAUUCAGGUGUGAACUACACUGAGAAAUUCGCCCCCUUCACAGAACCAGUGCAGGAGAAAACCAAACACAACUGAAGACAAAGAACUGAAAUCAGGGGAGGAGCUACGAGCCUCUGGCCGCUCUCUGGAAUCACUGGGCGAUUAGACGGGGAAAGCAGUGAGAGACAGAGGAAGGAGGAUGGGAGGAGCCAGCUCCAGAAAUCAAGAAGGUGAAACUUCAGAUUGUUUGGAAAAUCAAACAGUGGAAUCUUCAAACUCUUCAUUCUUCACUGAGGAAGAGCUUAAGAAACUGAAGUCUGAUUAUGAAACGGGUGGAGUGGAAAUGGUUAAAACAGUGUUACAGCAGAAAGUAACUGAGCUGGACAAGACAGAACUUAAUGUUGCAGUGACAGGAGAAACGGGUGCAGGAAAAUCUUCCUUCAUCAAUGCGAUGAGAGGACUUCAGGUCAAUGAUGAGGGAGCAGCUGAAGUUGAUAACAUAGAAACCACAAAGGAGCCAGCCGGAUACAAACAUCCCAACCUGCCAAAUGUUUGUUUCUGGGAUCUGCCAGGAAUUGGGACCAUAAAAUUCCCAGCAAAUAAAUACCUGAAGGAAAUGAAAUUUAAAAAAUAUGAUUUCUUCAUCAUCAUCUCACACUGUCGAUUCAAAGAAAAUGACACAAAACUUGCCAAAGAGAUUAAACGGCUUGGGAAGAAUUUCUAUUUUGUUCGAUCUAAAAUCGAUAAUGAUCUUGAUUCAAAGAGAAGGGGAGGGGGGCAAUUUAAUGAAGAGGAAGAACUGGUGAAGAUCAGGAAGGACUGUGUCAGCAAGCUGCAAGAGGCAGGGAUCCCAACACCCAGUGUGUUCCUGAUUUCAAACUUGGAUCUGCAUCUGUAUGAUUUUAGUCUGUUAAAUAAAGCUCUUGAAGGUGACCUUCCAUGUAUAAAGAAAAGUGUGUACAUACUGGCCCUUCCAAACUUAAACUCGGACAUUGUGGAGAAGAAAAGGAAAGAGCUAAAGAAACGAGUCUGGAUGUUGGCGACGCUUUCUAGUGUAAUCGGGGCAGUGCCAGUUCCUGGAGUCUCUCUUGCUAGUGACAUCAGCAUACUGAUUGGCGGAAUAAUACAUUUCCGUCGAUGUCUGGGUCUGAAUGAUUCUGAUCUUGAAAGACUGGCCAAAAGGGCAGGGAAAUCUGUGGAGGAUCUGAAAGCAGUGAUAACAACUCCCCUGGUCGGUGGGGAGAUAACUCCCGAUGUCAUAAACAGAUUGGCCUGGGGUGUUGCUGCUGUCACCAUCUCAGCAAUUGAGCUCGCCCUUGACAUCAUCCCAGUGGUUGGUUCCAUCUUUGGAGCAGGGUCAUCGUUCCUUAUGACAUACAAACUGCUGAAUGCUGUGCUGCAUGAUCUUGCAGAGAAUGCACAGAGAGUGGUGACAGUUGCAUUUAGGUCCGAAAAUGAUCCAAACCAAACAUCAGUACAGUGAGUGAAUGCUCUAGUUGAUGGAUAAAUGAGAUCUAACCCUAAGCAUUGCUGAAAGUCUACUCUUAAAAUAUUCCUUUGUUACUGAACUCAUUUGUGAAAAUAUUCUUCCCUCAGGUCAGGGAAGUGUUAUUACAGAACAAUAUCUUCUGGAUGGCUUUUUCUACAUGUAUUAUAAGGAGGAUUUUAAGAGUCUAAUUAAUUUCACGUGUUCCCUGCACACAGCCUGCCCCUACAUUAAAUACAAAAUGUUGCCCUCUGCUGGAAUUAUCCAGCACAGGAUAUAUCCAUUCAGCCCACCAUUCCUAUGGUUAGAAAUAUCUGUGUGUCCAUAAUGACAGUGAUGGAUUCACUUGCAAUGUUCAGCCCAUUCUCUGUCAUGUCCUCUUUUGAAAUGUAACAAAAACAUUAUUACUGAAAUGGACUGCUACAGGUUAUGCAGAAAGACAACCACUGGGAAUGUGUUUCAUUUUUGAUUAUAAGUAAUUUUCACAUCGGUCUCUUUUUCCACCUUUUGGCUAUCAUUCACGUGAUAUUUUAAACCUAAUAGGUGAUCAGGUUAACAGACCCAGCAUAGACCAAUCCCAAUAGAAAGCCUUAUCAAGAGGAAGCUUAUUUUCCAAUGCUAUUAAACCCAUCAGCACAUUCAGUGUACAUCCCACUCACCUGGUAUUAGAACAGUCGUUGCAUGAAGCAGAGAAUGCCAUAAAAGGAUUCAGUUCUCUGCAGAUUUGGAUAUGUGAUAUCAAAAUAUGGAUGAAGGCACUGGAUAAAGUAAAGGCUAUGGGCCCUGUCAAUCUACCAGCAACACUACUAAAGACUUCGGCUCCAGAACCUGCCAAGAUACUAUCAAACAGCACUUGCUCAACAAUUAACCUGCUCUCUGAUGCUAAGUUCAGGUUCUUCCAGGCCCACUCAGCCUGUGACUUCAUGACAGCUUUGGUCCGAACAUAGACUGAAGAGUUGAACUGCACAGGUGAGGUGAGAGAGACUGCACUUGGCAGCAAGGUCCCACAUCUCACUACCAGUGACUCAGGAUUUGGUGCAAUCCUAAUGCAGCAAGGACAGUGGGUUGCAUUUGAUUCCAGGAAAUUAGCACAAAUUGAACCAUUAUGCUUGAAUGGAUAAAGAGUGCCUAGCCAUUUUAUUUGCUUUUGAACAUCUUCAUCAAUACCUACUUCUGGGAGCAUAAUAUUCUUCGGGGCUGACCACAAGCAACUUCAAAGCAAUUUCCACAAAUAUGCCACUAUCUGCUCCAAAGAAUGUUACUCAAAAUACAGAGGUACCAUCUGGACAUGAUAGGCAGACGUGAUGUUGAGAGCAGCCUUCCAAACGUAGAAAGGAGAGGAUACUAGAGUCUUAAAGCAGCAUUUAUCGAUAGACUGCAAUUUCUAUGGAAACAGACCCUUCGGCCCAACUCGUCUAUGCCUACCAGGCAUCCCAAUCUGACCUAGACCAAUGUGCCAGCUUUUGGCCCAUAAAAAGUUACAACGAGGUCCUUGUUAAACUUCUCCCUCUCACCUUAAACCUUGAUGGCGCCACUGGCAGGGUAGGCAGCAUUUGGGGCCACUAAGCUUGUCUGCUGCCCAGCACCAGCCCAGCCACAAUCUUCUUUCACCUUUUCUUUCUUCUUUUCUCUUUCACCUUCAUCUUCUUUUUUGCGGCGAUGGCAAAAGAACGCAGCGCCGGUGGGAUCAGGCAUUAAGGUGCCUGAACAAAUUCAGAGUCAGUUCGAAUAAGCGGGACAACUCACUGCUGGUUGGAGUCGUACCGAGGUCAAAGGAAAAUUGCUUGUGGUUAUUGGAAAUCAAUCAUCUCAGUCACAGGUCAUCACAGCAGGGGUGUCUUAGAGUACAUAGAACAUUACAGCGCAGCACAGGCCCUUCGGCCCUCGAUGUUGCGCCGACCUGUGAAACCAAUCUGAAGCCCAUCUAACCUAAACUAUUCCAUUAUCCGUAUGGUUAUCCAAUGACCAUUUAAAUGCCCUUAAAGUUGGCGAGUCUACUACUUUUGCAGGCAGGGCAUUCCACGCGCUUACUACUCUGAGUAAAGAACCUACCUCUGACAUCUAUCCUAUAUCUAUCACCCCUCAAUUUAAAGCUAUGUCCAUGAUCCAGUCAUCUUUAGUUGUACGUUUCCUUCAUCCUAACAUCAGAUGUUGAAAUGUUUUUUAAUGGUUAUACAAAUUUCAGCCUUAUUACCACAGCUCCACAGAUGCUGUGGCAGCUCGUAUCCAUAGACUGCAAUAUCUGGACAAUAGCCAGGCUUGGGCUGAUAGUGGCAAGUAACAUUCAUGCUUAUACAUGUGCCAGGUAAUGACCAUCUCCAACAAGGAAGCAUCUAACCAUCACCCCUUGAUAUUAAUUCAUAUUACAGUCAAUGAAUCCCCCACUGUCAAGAUUCUUGGUGUUACCAUUGAACAGAAACUGAACAGGACCAGCCACAAAAAUAUUAUAGCGACAAGGACAGGUCAGAGGCGAGAAAUUUGAAGACCAUCAGCACAUCUGUUGUCUCCACAGUGUUUAUCCACCAUCUAACAAAACAUAAGUAAGGAGUGUUAGAUAUAACACAGUGUAGAGCUGGAGGAACGCAGCAGGCCAGGCAGCAUCAGAGGAGCAGAAAAGUUGACGUUUUGGGCCGGGACCCUUCUUCUGAAUCUUCUGCAUUUUCAGGGUUAAUGUUGUGCUAAAGCUGACAGACUUCGCUCCACUACCAUAUUACUCACGCGACCUCUGCCAGUUCCCCUGCAGUUACCAGCUGCUUAGAUGCUAUAAGAUAGAUGGAGUAGUGAUUGCAAAAUACACUCAAGGUGCAAGAUUCCUUCGUUCUGAAUCAAGCUGCCCUUUUUCAACAGGUUAAAAAAAAGACAAAUUUAUUUUAAGUCAAGCUCCUGUUUUGUAUCUGUCUUUAAUACCAUUUUAUGCCAUUACCAUUUAAUUGGAAUUCAGUUUGUGUUGACAUUUGUAUCUGAAAGAGUUUUGAUUAAAUACUGUCUUUACAAUUAACAAUUGACAA